AUGAGAGAAUCUAUUGUAAAAAAUAUAAUCAAUUCUGAAUCAAAGAUUUCUGUUUUAAUUGAUGAGUCGACAACAGUUAGCUCAAAAUCGUGUAUGGCAGUAUUCAUUAAAGCAUCAAUUUCUCAUGAGGAUCCAAUAUUUAUUUUCUUGGACUUAGUGGAAUUGGAAAAACAAACUGCUGAAAACAUAGUUAACCAACUUUUAAAUUGUCUGUUUACUUUUGGCUUUCAAGAUUCUUAUCUUCAACAUAACUGGGUGUCUUUUGUUAGCGAUGGAGCCAGUGUUUUAGUAGGGAAAAAAAAUGGAGUGACCAAACUUUUAAAAGAUAAAUAUCCAUUAAUAUUUUCAUGGCACUGCAUGAACCACAGAUUAGAACUGGCUGUAGGACGAGUUCUUGAUGUUCGUUGGGUAGCCAGUAGCUUCAGAGCAGUAGAAAUUGUAUGGAAAACAUAUCCAGCGUUAUACAACCACUUACAAAAUUCUUCAUAUGAUAACCUAAGAGAUCAAAAAUCUAGAUCUAAAUAUCUUGGAUUAUUCAUUCAAUUACAUUGUCGCGUGCUGAUGAAUCAAUUAAAAGAACAAUCAGUGAUUGAUUCUUUUAAAACCAAAAAUGGAGAUUUCAUGUUAGAAGCUUUAACUGCACAAAAAACUAUGAUAUUCAAAACCAUAGUUUUAUCUAGUAAUACUAACCUUAACUCACGUUUACUUGAAACAAAUGAAGAGGAAUCUUGUAUUUUAAAUGAUAUGCAAAUUUUAAAUGAACAUACAUGGCCUUGUACAGUUGAAAAUAUAAGAUUUGGCGAAGAUGAAAUAAAGAGAUUGACGAAUAGAUUUCUACUAAAUACAGAUAAUGCAAUUCAAGGCUUUCGAAAAUAUAUUAACAAUAAAAUUAUCAAUGACGAGUUAAAAGAAUUGGACAUUUUAAUAAAAACAUUUCCAGUUUCAACGGCUGAAUGUGAAAGGGGAUUUAGCCAAAUGAAUUUAAUAUGUUCAGAUCUCAGGUCUAGAUUAUCCGUUACUAACAUUUCUAGUCUAAUGUUUAUAAAUAUUAAUGGACCACCAGUUGCAAUAUGGAAUCCAACAAGUUAUGUAAAAAGUUGGCUGAUCAAACAUAGAUCUACACAUGAUAACAGAUCUCGAAAAGUUGCACAGAUAAAAUUAAAUGAAGAAAAGGCUAGUCUAUGGAAAAUUUUAUAA